AUGCUUGUAUCGGUCCCAAGGUACAGCAAUAAAAUAUUCUGGAAGCAUUCGCUACCGACCUCUCUGCUCCAUUUCAGAAAAUGUCUUCUCUUCAAUAUAAAAACAACUUUUUUCCCUUUUUUGUUACACAGGCAGUUAACAUUUAAAGGUCACUGUUAAGAUAAAUGCUCUCCUAGCAAGCAUUAUAUUGGAAACUCAAGUCUUAUCAGGGCCUUUGGGAUUGUACUCUGUGCUCUAAAGGUGCCCAUUUAAAAAGCCGUACUAAUGGACACACACCUGAUCAUGAAAGGCAAUGUUGAUUUAGCACCUCUGUUGAUUCCAGUGGGAACUUACUUGGAAGUAGCCUAGAAUAUUUAGGAUUGCUGUCUAAAACCAAAGCUUUUUCUGAACCAAAACUAACCUCUGACCAUUACACCUGUGGCAGCAGCUGGUUGGUGGUUGUGGACCCUCACCAGGCAGGCCUGCAGCAAACUACAUAUAUUCCAAUAUUUAUUUGUUGGUUAGGUGCAGACUGGCCCUUCGCCUCAGGCAGCAGCAACACUCUUGCAUCCUGGUAUUUAUUAACCGAACAGGUGGCAGAUCCUUGACUGGAGCUGACUGGGGAGGGGGCACCCAUCCUUCAUCGACAACGUUGCAUUUCAAUUUCAUAUUUGGGUGUAGCGGCAGCAUCUCAAUUUUGUCUCAGGCAGCCAUUGGCAACAAUUGAUUUCUCUCCCUGCCUCCAGGCAGCAGGGAAAAGUGCACAGUUAUACUACGGAACUCACUUCCACAGGAUGGCCACCAACAUGGAUGGCUUUAAAGUCUGGCGGUUGUCUUUGCUCCACAGUUAGCAAUACUUUAUGUAUGAGAGAGCGUGCAAUGAGGACUUGGUGCAUAAAAUAUGAAUAUGAAUAAAGGGGCGCUGGUGGCGGCGCUGUAGGUUAAACCACAGAGCCUAGGGCUUGCCAAUCGAAAGGUCGGCGGUUCGAAUCCCCGCGACGGGGUGAGCUCCUGUUGCUCGGUCCUUGCUCCUGCCAAUCUAGCAGUUCGAAAGCACCGUCAAAGUGCAAGUAGAUAAGUAGGCACCACUCCGGUGGGAAGGUAAACGGCGUUUCCGUGCGCUGCUCUGGUUCGCCAGAAGCGGCUUUGUCAUGCUGGCCACAUGACCCAAAAGCUGUACGCCGGCUCCCUCGGCCAGUAAAGUGAAAUGAGCGCUGCAACCCCAGAGUCGGCCACGACUGGCCCUAACGGUCAGAGGUCCCUUUAGGUCAGUUGGUUAGAGCACGGUGCUGAUAAUGCCAAAAUUGCAGGUUCGAUCCCUGCAUGGGGGAGCUGCACAUUCCUGCAUUGCAGGGGGUUGGACUGGAUGACCCUCUGGGUCCCUUCCAGCUCUGCAGUUCUCUGAUCCUUCGUGUCGUCUAAAAAGUGGGGGACGGACGGACGGACUCGCAGCUGGUGGUCAAUUUCAACCUUGGAGGAAUGGCUCCAUAGUCUUAUUAUUAUUUAUCCGAUUUGUAUACCCAACCUUUUAUUUCGAUAUUUGUUGUUUUCCCGUGCGGAACCCUUGCCCCGAGUCGACAUUAUUUCCCUCCCCUCCCCUCAGCCCACAAGGUCGGUGUUUCACUGCGUGGGGCGGCGGCGGUUGCACUUUUAGGGGGCAGAGCAAUCCCCACCCCCUCGGCCGCCGCCGCCGCCUUGACUCGAGAGGUUUCCCUCGUCGUCAAAGCUGUGCAUUUUAUUUGGAUGUUAAUGGUGCGAGUCCGCGAAGGGACGCGAACCGAGGCGAGACCAGCGCGAAAGCUCAGCCCCUGAGGAGACAGAGAAGCGACGAGGCCCGCCUUCUCGAUUUACCUCAGGCCGAGCAAGCCACGCCCACCGCCAGCGAGACCAGGCAAGGGGCGGAACCGGAAGUUGGAGGCCGCCGGCGCGCGGAAGAAGAAACAGGAUCUCCUCCUGCUGCAGCCUCAGGUGAGGGGCUGUCGGUUCUCCUUCUCCUCAGGGUCGGGCUGAGUGCGGCGCAUCCCCUUUCCGGGGGUUUGGACGGGGCUGGGUGCUCCUCAAGGUUUCAUUUGAGCCCAUAUAUUGCCACAGCGGGGCCAGCCCCUCAGCCGUGGGAAGGGGGGCGAGAGCGCCUCUGGGCAUGUCGAAAGGGCCUGUGCCUCACAUGCGGAGGGAGGGGGCGGGCGGGUAGAGAUGGGGGGGCGAGGGGCUCUAGGAGGGUCGUCGCCAUCCCUUCUCUCUGCAUACCCCGCCCCCCCCAAACACACACACUGUGUCUCAGGACCUUUGAGGCUUUUGAGCUGAGGUUCGACGGCCACCUGCUGUGUAUGAUUUAGCUGGGAAUCCUGCAUUGCAGGGAGUUGGGCUAGGUGUUCCUAGGGGGUCCCUUCCAACUGUACAGUGGUACCUCGGGUUACAGACGCUUCAGGUUACAGACUCUGCUAACCCAGAAAUAGUACCUUGGGAUAAGAACUUUGCUUCAGGAUGAGAACAGAAACCGUGCUCCGGCGGCGCAGCAGCAGCAGGAGGCCCCAUUAGCUAAAGUGGUGCUUCAGGUUAAGAACAGUUUCAGCUUAAGAACGGACCUCCGGAACGAAUUAUGUACUUAACCCUAGGUACCACUGUACGUGUUUUACGAUUCUGUGAUCGCAACGAAACUGUCCUAUAUUGUAUCAGACCAUUUGGCCUGCCUAGGCCUGAGUAGUUUGACUCCCAGCUGUACUCUAUAAGCCUUAAGAAUCUUAGGUCUCAGAAUCAAGGCAAAGUCUUUUUAACUGGCGAGAUUCUAGAGAUUAACUUCAGACUUCAAAACUCAGUACAGUGCUCCCUCAGGUUGAGAACUUCAUUCGUUCUGGAGGUCCGUUCUUAACCUGAAACUGUUCUUAACCUGAGGUAUCACUUUAGCUAAUGAGGCCUCCCACUGCCGCCGCACGAUUUCUUUUCCCAUCCUGAAGCAAAGUUCUUAACCCGAGGUCCUGUUUCUGGGUUAGCAGAUUCUGUAACCUGAAGCAUCUGUAACCUGAGGUCCCACUGUACUGUUGUUAUUUCUUACUUUUAUAUCCCAACUUUUUCUCCAGUGCGCUCGGGAUGCAAGUGUACAUGGUUCUCUCUCUCAUUUAUCCCCCACAGCAACCCUGUGAGGUAGGUUCUCCCACACAGUUCCAUAGUUCAGUGUUCAGCCAUCUCAGAAGCAGGUGGCUGAGCACUAAUUAUGGAGGAGUCUUGGAAGAGAGGGCUGUCGAAGGCUACUAGCCAUGAUUGCUAUGCUCUGCUUCUAGCUAGAGGCACAAAUGCAUCUGAAUACCAAUUUCUGGAAACCACCAGAGAGGAGUGUGCUAUUGUACCCAAAUUCCUCUUGCUGGUUUCUCACAGGCAUUUGGUUGUUCACUUUAAAAACAAGAUGCUGGAGUAGAUGGACCAUUGGCCUGAUCCAGCAGGCUCUCAGUAUUUAUUUAGUAUAUUUGUAUCUUACUUCUUGUCUAAAGUUUCCAAAGCAGCUAACAGCAUUGAACACUGUUCAAGUGUUCCAAAAGAACACUGUUGGAACAGAAUGUGAGACUUGAUAGACUUUUGACCUGAUUCAGCAGCGUUCUUUUUCUGUUAUUAUAUUCACUCUCAUUCACAUCCACCAUUGUUUAAGAAAAGUGAGUAUGGAUCUCUCCCUCCCUCUUCCCACACCACUUUUGACUCAUCUUCAUUUAUUUGAGUUGAAGCAGGUUUUAUGAUCCAUCUGAGUUAAGUGCAACUGCGGAACCAUAUAUUGCAGUUCACUGUUCAGAUCAAUUAAGGCAGAGAUGUGUAGUAAAAGAUUAGAAUCCACAUGUUAUCUACAAUCAUGCAUUGAGAAGAUGGUGAAAAGGCCACUUUCUUCCCACGCUUCUAACAGUUCUGGCAAUACCUCGAGAAGAUUAAAGCACGUUGGGGCAACUAAUCCCAGUAAUGAGGGGAAUGUACUCUGAAUAUAUUUAGAGUCAUUUUCCUGGAAACAGCUGGGAUUUUUCAUUAGGUGGAGGAUGAAAAAAAUCACAUAUGUACUGAAGCAACCUGCACCAUGUGCCUGCAUAAUACAGAACCCACAGAAUACAAAUGCCCAGUUAACAAAAUGUACAGGGAUAGUAUUCCCCAUUGUAUAAUUACUUUGAGUGUGUGUGUGUGUUGGAGGGGGCACUAAGAAUCUUAAUCCAAAUUACGGAGAGAGACACAUUUUAAAUUAACUAUUUGUGAUAAUAACUAUAUAAAGGAUAAAUAGCAGACUUAUUGAGUAGCAGUCAACUAAGUUUUACUCAGACCAAUGGCCCAUGACGAAAGCCCAUUAAUUUCAAUAGCUCUAAUUAGUGUAAAAAUUUAGUUGAAUACCACCCAUUGUUUGAAACAGAAAAUUUAAGCUUAAUGUUAUAUUUUUCAUUCAGUUCUGUAAUCCACUUUGUUGACAGUUUCAACCCAAAGAUUUACACAAGUAUUUGAUUUCCAAAGGUGGUCAAAAUAUAUAUUUUUUCAUAUUUGCAGAGAUUAUAGAAUGGCUUCCACAAUUGACAUCCUUCAGAAUUAUAAUAACCUGUUUGCUCAUCGAUAUACUUCUGAAGACGAGGAGUAUCAGAAAUAUGUCCAACGCCCUGCAGACCCACCUCCCAUCGUUGAAGACUGGGCAAACAGGUCUGUUGAAAACAUUCCCUUACCAAUGCUUUGCUUUUUUGGUGGUUGUAGGAGUAUGCUAUGCAAUAAGGAAGCACCAUAAACCAAAGCAAAAUGGCAAAAACCUAAAUAUAAUUAGGCCAUUAAUCUAUUCAUUUAAUUUUAAUCCUGUGUCUACAGUUCUUUGGUGUCUCUCCUUUAAAUGCAGACAUAUUAAUGAUUAAGAACAUAACACGCAAGUCACAGGCAAAGCAACACACAACCUAUUCAAAUCUGUAGAAGAGGGUUUUGAGAUAUUAGCACAGUGAGAAACCGUAAAAGUUUUCUGCCCAGUUUGUGUUCUGUCCAGUGCUAGUGCUACUCAGAGUAGACCCAUUUAAAUUAAUGGACUAAAGGAGCCUUGAGUCACUUCCACAAAAUACAUUUAAAGUACUCUUAUACUGUAGCACUUUAACUGUCAUGGCUUCCCCCAAGGAAUCCUGGGUUGUUCAGGCUGCUGGGAAUUGUAGCUCGGUGAGGUGUCUCCUAAUCACUCUCAAAGGCAAUUAGUGGUCCAUGUUGAAUAUCUCCCUGCAUGAUUAGUGUUAUAGCCUGCAACAAACCAGCCAGCGGAGCUAUAGACCUCCUAAGUGCUCCCCUGGUUAACAUCAACAGAGUGUGUGUUUCUUGUGAUGGGAGGAAUGUAUCUUCUCAAAAAGAGUUUAAUGCACAGUGGAUUCAAUCUGUUUAACACAACCUCUUUGAUUUCACACAACCUUUCUAACACAGGGAAAUAUUGAGUAUUCUAAUAGCUAUCCUGAGAAUACAUGCAUUUCCUCUUUUAUUUAGAAAAUUUAGAAACGGCUUAAUUAAAAAAAAAGAUCUCCCAGGAGGUUGAAUGAUGAUAGAUAAAUAAAUAAAUAUGCAUAUAUACUUGAGGCGCAAAUGCUUCAUUUUUAGUUGUUCCAGAAAUUACCUAGAUAUGAUAACAUUCCCUGAAGUUUGGAAUAACUUCGGGUUCCAUGAAAAAGCAGGAUAUAAAUGUGAGGAAAUUAAAAUAAAUCAACAAACCUCAAGAUCAUACAGAGAAAAUCUGAAGAAUGUGUGAACUAAAUCAAGCUUAAUGCAAGAUAUCCAGGAGUGAUUAGUAGCUUGCCAGGGGUUUAAUAAACCUUCCAAGAGAGAGAUGGAACUGUUCACCCUGGAAAGUGACGCCUUACUGAAAUCAUGUUCAGUCAUCGUGAGCACUGUUGUCUUGUCUUCAGCCAUAGGGAGGUUGCCAAGCAUCAGACAGGUCACAGUAUGUAGUUGAUGAGCUAUAUUCAACUUGAUAGGCCAAAGGUUGAGUAGCUUUGAUUCAGAGUUUGUCGGUGUCUGAUUUUCUACAAAUAGCUUGUAUACGUGGGUCGCCCACAAUUGUGGAAAUUCUUGUAUGUAUUGCUGAAAGCUGCAGAUGGUUAAGUGCAUGACAUUGUGAUUACUGCCUCGAUUAUAAGAAGAGUUUGGAUUUGAUAUCCCGCUUUAUCACUACCCUAAGGAGUCUCAAAGCAGCUAACAUUCUCCUUUCCGUUCCUCCCCCACAACAAACACUCUGUGAGGUGAGUGAGGCUGAGAGACUUCAGAGAAGUGUGAGUAGCCCAAGGUCACACAGCAGCUGCAUGUGGAGGAGCGGGGAAUCGAACCUGGUUCACCAGAUUACGAGUCCGCCACUCUAACCACUACACCACACUGGCUCUCAAAGAAGAGCUGCUCUCAGUGUACCCUUGAUGUAUGAAACAAAACCCUUUCUCACUUGCAAAUCCAGUUUGUAAACAACUUUAAUCCUCAAACUUCCACAGAUAAUGUAAUUUAGGAGAGACUUUUUUUUUAAACUUCCAGAGAACCCACCGUGCCUUCUGUAUCUGAGAUACUUCAGAAUUAUGAAAAGAUGUUUGCAAAUCGAUUUUCUUCAGAAGAUGAAGAAUAUCAGAAAUACGUCCAACGUGCUGCAGAUCUACCUCCUCUAGUAGAGGACUGGAGGAAUAGAUCAGGUGGCAACCAGCGAUACAGAGACAGGUAUUGCUCUUAUUUAUUGGCUCUAUAUAAAUGUUACCCUGUCCACUGAUGCUCUCAGCAGCCACUAUUUUUACUGUAAGAAACUAAAGCACAAGAGAAUGACAUCUAGCCUCCAAUGCAAAACACAAAAGAGCAAGUUGGGGAAGGACAAAAGGAGAAAUUGUGUGAACAUCUGCCCAUCAAAUAUGGUGAAGAGAUAAAAUUCAGUUCAUGUACAAUGGUAAGCCACCCAAAGUGGCUGGGGCAACCCAAUCAGAUGGGCGGCACAACAACAACAACAAUCAAUAAUAAUACCACCUCCCAGGUCCCUCAAAGGAAGUGUGAUUAGGCACUACCACAAUAACAACUCAAUUGGUAAUAUUCUUUUACAUGAGCGUGACUUUGGAUUUUUUACAGUGAUUUGAUUGCUAUGAGGAGAGGUCAUUUCACCACAUCAUUGGGCAUGUUGUCUAAGAGGCCAGAUUCAUGUUAUAAGUGGUUCGAUACUUUUUUGAGCCACUGAGGAAGACUUGUAGGGUAGAAACAAGUUUAGGUGUUGGUAUAUGCUAUAAUUUGUCACACAAGGUUUUUGACCACAUAUACAGACAGAUUAUUUUAGUGCGUUUUUGUGCUAAAGCGUUUAUGUUUUUCCCUUCCUAAGAUUUGAGUAGUAGCUGUUGCCAUGGGGCUGUACCCAAUGCUAGUCCUACUCGGAGUAGACAUGUUGAAGUUAAUCAGCAUUACUAUCUUAGGUUCCUUAUUUUCAAAGCGUCUGCUUUUGAGAAGGUCUAGCACUGGGUGCCACCCAUUGUGUGGAAUUCAGCAUCGCACUCUUCCAAUAUUCCUUCUGUAUAAGCAUGCCAGGUUGCCAGAUGCAACAAUGCCCCUUCUCCCCCACUCCAUGGGUUUUUCUAGAGAUUCUCCUGACCCCCUCCCCUCACUGAGCUAAUGGUUAGGUGAACCCCCAUCCCUUGUUUUUACUUUUGCCCAGCAUACUUUUACUGUAAGGCAGUUAUGCUGGUGAUGGGCCAGGAUCCUACUUUAUAAUCUCUGCAAAACAAGACGGUUACCUUUUGGUUGGCAACUGCGGACCAUAUAGUAAAUUGGUAAAGGACCCCUGAACGGUUAAGUCCAGUCAAAGGCGACUAUGGGGUUGUGGCGCUCAUCUCGCUUUCAGGCCGAGGGAGCCGGUGUUUGUCCGCAGGCAGCUUUCUGGGUCAUGUCGCCAGCAGGACUAAAUUGCUUCUUGCGCAACAGAACACCGUGACGGAAAUCAGAGCGCAUGGAGAGGCCAUUUACCGUAUUUUUUGCUCUAUAAGACUCACUUUUUCCCUCCUAAAAAGUAAGGGGAAAUGUGUGUGCGUCUUAUGGAGCGAAUGCAGGCUGCGCAGCUAUCCCAGAAGCCAGAACAGAAGAGGGAUUGCUGCUUUCUCUGUGCAGCGAUCCUUCUUGCUGUUCUGGCUUCUGGGAUUCAGAAUAUUUUUUUUCUUGUUUUCCUCCUCCAAAAUCUAGGUGCGUCUUGUGGUCUGGUGCGUCUUAAAGAGCGAAAAAUACGGUACUUUGCUGCGUUUGAUUGGACUUAACCAUCCAGGGGUCCUUUACCUUACCUGGAUCAUAUAGUAUCCCUGAUGGAGCCAUCAGUUGUUGAUGCUUUGGGGUAAUUUUCCUUCUCUCUCCCCUCUCCCUUUUCUCCAAGCCAGUAGCGACAAGGGUGGGGAAUCUAGGCACUCUGCUUAAGCAACAGAGCCAGGGGUUUUAAAUUCUGUGUGGAGCUGAAUCAAAGUGCUGCUUAUGCCAAAAGGAAUGAACUGAAACUCUUGAAACAGAUUGCCCUUGGGACCAGUUGCUUCCUUGGGCAUGAAGUGAUUUUUUCCCCCAUGGCAAAGAAAAGAGAUCCAGGCUUCACCUCGCCAGCCAAAUAGCCUUUCUUCUGUGACAUAAUUAUUAGCAGAAAAAUGACUUUGCCAAUCAGCAGGCUAAAUAUUUAUAUUUAUUUUGGCCUUUUAUUUUAUAACAUAAAAUAAAAUUCAUUUGCAUUCUUAGAUAACAUAUCUCGCUGUGCGUGGUCUGAUCUACGUUUCUUAUGAUUCUUUGUGACAAAUAUAUACUUCAGCCCCACUACGAGACACUUGGGAUUUUCUACCUACUGAAAAUAUUCUGAGUCAUAUACUCCAGGCUGUACAUACUGUGCUUCCUUAGUUUUAACUUAAUCUUGGCUGCUGACACUAGGGAAACAAGAAAGGACAUUGUGCAUUAGAUUUACUUGGUGCUUCCUGUGCUGCGUUUCAUAGUAUUUGGGCCAUGCAAGUGAGACAGUUUAGCUGUUGCUUGGAUGUAACAUUCUGAAACAAGAAACUUUAGCCCAGGGCUGUAGUCAAGUCCUACUCAUAGUAGACCCAUUAGCAUGAAUGGACAUGACCACUGUAAAUCUAAUACUUUCACUGGGUCUACUCUGUAAGCCAAAACCUGGAGAGCCAAAGGCUCCCCAUCCCAGGUUCAAAUACAAAAUUAUUAUUAUUAUUAUUAUUAUUAUUAUUAUUAUUAUUAUUAUUAUUUAUUGCUUACACCCCGCCCCUCUGGCUGGGCCUCCCCAGCCACUCCAACAGAAUAUUAAAAACACAAUAAACAUCAAACAUUAAAAACUUCCCUAAACAGGACUGUUUCAAAUACAAAAUCUGCAAAUCAGGUAGAGUGUAAAUAUGCACAUUUGAGAAAUGAGAAAACUGGUUCUUUGUUUACAAGGAAAAGCUUCUUUUAACUCUGUGCAUCUGGCAGAAGGCAAUGAUUCAGAUUAGAUAUUAAAUCUAACAUGCUUGUGUUCAGAUUUUAAAAAAAAUAUUAACCAAGUGCUUCUGUAAGAGAAACAUAAGUCUUUAUACUUCAAUUUUCAAAUUGGAUUUUUUUUAAAAAGUGGCUGUAUCCAAUGUUCUCUGUUCACUUAACACAAAUACAAGUUUAAAUAUUACGCAACAGAGGAAUCCAGUGCAGUAGUUGCACUAACAGAAACCUGCUGUGCAACAGAUUGCUGGUAACUUUGUCGCGCAAAAAGAUUGAGCAAUCUUCUUACGCAUUCUCCCAUGCAACAACUUCCUGCUGGCAGACAACAUCUUGCCAGCAGAAUCUGUAUUGUGCUAACUGACUUGAACAUACCGCCAUGUUGGAUACAACCCAAUACAUUUUAUCCACCCUACUGAGACAGUGUAUGUUGAUGCAAUUUGAAAAUAAAUAUUGUUAAAAUGCAUACCAUUCGCUUUCUUCCACAGAUUCAGAGACAGCAGACAAUUCAGAGGCAGAGGGGACAGAUACGACCGGCAAGGAGGCUAUAGAUACGGUCAAUGGCAAGAGAGAAGCUGGGGAAAUAACUAUCAGCAGCACAGACAAGGACAGUCUUCCUACUCCUAUCACGGGCGACCGUCCCACUAUGGCUAUAGUUCUUAUUCCCAGGGGUCACAGUAUGGCCAUUACUAG